CUUGAAUGAAGUCUUUUAAUGCUGUUUUUUCAGGAUUGGCUGCAUCUUGGUCCUAGCAUUAGGUUGGAAGAUUGCAGCCCCUCCCGUCCUCUUGGCACUCACACUUUUUCUUUUUUUAUCCCUGUGCCCAGUUUUGGAGCCAGCCCUGCAGGAUCUCCUGGCCAAUCAAGAGACUACACAUUGUUGCCUAAGAGACCCCGGAUGCCAACGAAAAGAUUUAUAGAUGGUGAUUGGACUGCUGAAAGGGGUGGGGGCUAGACGGAGUCAAAGAAACAGCAGCUAUGGCAACACCAGCGCUAGAGGCUUGAAGAGAAAGACAAGCUAAAAGAGGUGUAGUUUUUCUUAUGGAAGAAUAUCCAGUUAUUUCAUGAUGGCAUUUGCACCUCCAAAAAACAUAGAUGGUCCCAAAAUGCAGACAAAGAUGAGUACCUGGACACCCUUAAACCAUCAGCUCUUGAAUGACCAGAUAUUUGAAGAAAGAAGAGCUCUGCUUGGAAAAUGGUUUGACAAAUGGACAGACUCUCAAAGGAGAAGAAUCCUGACAGGCCUGUUAGAACGCUGUUCUCUUUCACAGCAAAAGUUCUGCUGUCGAAAGCUUCAGGAAAAAAUUCCAGCAGAAGCUCUGGAUUUUACUACCAAGCUUCCAAGAGUAUUAUCUUUAUAUAUCUUCUCUUUCCUGGACCCUCGAAGCCUUUGUCGUUGUGCACAGGUGAGCUGGCAUUGGAAGAACUUAACAGAACUGGAUCAGCUCUGGAUGCUCAAAUGUUUACGGUUUAACUGGUACAUCAAUUUCUCUCCAACUCCCUUUGAGCAGGGUAUAUGGAAGAAGCACUACAUUCAAAUGGUGAAAGAACUCCACGUUACCAAGCCCAAGACACCUCCAAAAGAUGGGUUUGUGAUCGCCAAUGUUCAACUAGUUAUAAGCAGUUCUCCAGAGGAAAAGCCAUUUCCUUCCUCAGCUUUCCGGUCCUCUGCCUGUUUAAGAAAGAAGAACCACCCAGGGGAGAAAGAACUCCCACCCUGGCGAUCCUCUGACAAGCAUCCGACUGACAUCAUUCGCUUCAAUUACCUGGACAACUGUGACCCCAUUGAGCACAGCUGGCAAGGAAGAAGGAAAAGAUCUGAAAAAAACCCAGACUUCAACCGACAGUCACAUGACAAGAAAAAUAAAUUGCAGGACAGAGCUAAACUGAGAAAAGCACAGUCAUUGAUAUCCCUAAGAGCAGGACCCAGCUCCUCGAUACAUAUUCCAGCUCAUCUUGCCUGGCCUCCUCAUCAGGUAGGGGGGCUUCCAGCCCCCGAAGCAGCAACAAAAACGCUCAUGCAGCAUAUCCAGAGACACUCUGGCUUCAGUCAUUACCCCAGGCCUUCCAGCCAAAGCUGAUUUCAGAAUGUGAAGGACAAGAUGGUCCACAUGAAGAGUUGGAUGUUCCUUGGCUCCUCUGUCAGAAACAAUUUAGGUACCUUAUUAUGAAAGCGCAUCCUACAGAAUUUCAGGAAAAGGUAUUCAUGGCA